AUGGCAACACCCGAUACAACGACAACAACUCUAAAAAAUAAUAAAGGUGUUAGGAUAUCACCGUUGCUUCAGAAACAAGAUAAAGACGAUUAUAACCAUCCUAGUAGUAACACUAAUGAAGAGGAGAAAUACCUUGCAUAUUUACCGCACUCAGGUCUCUCUAAUCAACGAAUCGAAUUAGCCAACGCACUACUCUUGUCCUAUAUGACAAAUCGCACGCUCAUUGUUCCGCCUGCAUUUCUCGGUAGCGUAUUUGGAUGGAUGCAGCGAGAUCAAUUAUUGGAUCGACUAGAUUGGCUAACAACUCCUAAAGCAUUUACUAAAAUAUGUCAAUCUCCAACACCAGGCGAGCUAGCCACUUACGUUCAACGAUCUAGAUGCUCUGAAUACAGACAAUUUGCGAUCAUGGACUGGACAGAGAUACAUGAUUUCAGUCCACUUACUGAGCUUGGCAUCAAUAUAAAAUUUCAGCAGAUCUUUUCCAUGACACAAAUCAAAAAUGAUCUUCAAAUCACAAACGAUGAACGAGAUAUUUAUUUACAUCAAGAUACUCAACUCUAUGAUUGGCGUCUGUAUCAAAACAUGACGGAAGCCGCUGUGCUACAUUAUCGGAUGGACACGCGUAUAGGAGAUGCAGUGAAACGGAUAGUUGACUAUAUGGGCGGCAAAGGCACAUUUAUGUCGGUCCAUUUUCGAACAGGAGACAACCCAUUCCGAAAGGAAAUCGGGAAUAAUCUGAGGAUAUUUCGAGAGAAUAUGACCCAGUUAUUGGUACAAGAGGAGCAUUAUCAUGACUUACAACAGUUGAAUGAGCGACAGCAGGUGAAAGUGUAUAUUGCCACUGAUCAUAAAGACCCUAGAAAUCCCAAUCGUAGUCAACUAUUGCCUUGGUUCCGCGAUUUCCCUUGCACUACAGUUUUAAAAGAUUUACCGAAUUAUUUGUUUGAUCCAUUAGACACGAUGCACGAUAUCGUUGUUCCGACAAAAGAACUCAGACCAUUUUUGAUACCUAUUGUAGAUGCUAUGGUAGCUGCACACGGUCGAUAUGUAUUAACUACUCCAAGAUCAACGUUUUCGGGAUAUAUAAAAGAGUUACACGAUGUAUGGGUGUAA